AACAAGAUCACAGUUCUAUCUCGCACUCACUCUCUCUUCCGCGUUACGACGUUAGUGUGUGAUAAAAACAGAAAUGGUGAUGAAGGUGUAUGGAGAUGGGAUGUCAGCGUGCGUGGCACGUGUUCUUCUCUGUCUUCACGAGAAGGAGACUGAGUUUGAGCUUGUCCCGGUCGAUCUCUUUGCUUGCCACCACAAGCUCCCUUCUUUCCUCUCCAUGAACCCCUUUGGCCAAGUUCCAGUUCUACAAGACGAAGAUCUUACCCUUUUUGAGUCGAGGGCAAUCACGGCAUAUAUAGCAGAGAAACACAAAGACAAAGGAACAGAUCUGACGAGACAUGCAGACAAAGAAGCAGCCAUUGUGAAGCUGUGGUCGGAAGUGGAGUCCCACCACUUCAACCCCGCGAUCUCCGCCGUCAUCCACCAGCUUAUAGUUGUGCCGCUUCAAGGCAAGACUCCUGAUGCAGCCAUCGUGGAGGAGAAUCUGGAGAAGUUAGGGAAAGUGCUCGAUGUGUACGAAGAGAAGCUCGGGAAGACAAAAUACUUGGCCGGAGAUUCUUACACACUCGCGGAUCUCCACCACGUUCCUUACACUUACUACUUCAUGAAGACGGGUCAUGCUGGUUUGGUCAACGACCGUCCUAAUGUCAAGGCGUGGUGGGAAGACCUUUGUUCUCGUCCGGCUUUCCUUAAAGUCUCUCCUGGCUUGACCGUUGCUCCGGCAACGAACUGAUCCAAAGAUUCUCUACAUCUUGUCUUUAUGUUUCUCUGAUAAGGUGUUUCAUUUGGGUUGUUGUUUUUCUUUUGCAUUUACUAUUUGUC